AUGGCAUUCCUCGCUUAUAGAGCUUAUAAUAAUCUCGUUGGGAAGAGAGUCAUGAGGCUUACUUACCAAAGAGCAGCCUAUUUGUCGGAAUUUAACGAGUCAGGUAUCAAGCCUGAACCUCUGAUUAAGACAGAAGAAGAACUUAUCCUAAAAAGACCAUGGGCAACAUAUCCAUUUAUCAAAAAUCAAGAGUUUUCAAUCCCAAUUUACAAUCUUCAUGAUGGCGAAUACUCUGGAGAAAACGUUGAAUUAGAUCAAGAGUUGUUUAAUGUGCCAUUCAGAAGAGAUUUGAUGAAGGACGCUUACCUAUACCACACUUUCUUUGGAGUUAAAACAUUUGUUAGGUCAAAAACUAAAGGAACGAUGGCUGGAAGUGGAAGAAAACCUAAACCACAAAAGGGAGGGGGUACUGCUAGGCAGGGUAAUAUCAGGUCCCCAAUACUUGUUAAGGGAGCUAAAGCUCAUGGAAGAAAGCCAAAGGAUUACACUAUCGGAAUUAAUGCAAAAUCUUUGCUGAAGGCAAUGAAAACAACUCUCACUGGGCUUCUUUAUGAAAGGCGUAUUGCUGUGAUUCAAUCAGAGAGUUUAGAAUCUUAUAAAACUAAAUACCUAAAUAAGCUCCUAUACAAUUUUUCUAACCCAACAAAGAGAAGGAUCUUGUUUGUUAUCCCUAUUAACCCAUGCCCUAACUUUUUGAAGGCUUCAAGGAAUAUCCCAAAUAUUAAUGUUAUGAAUAUUCGUGAGAUGACCAUCAAAGAUGCUUUGAAAGCUGAAGCUAUAUUCUUCACUAAACAAUCUUUAUCAGAGUUAGAAAUGCAGUUAGAGACUAACCACAUGGAACUCUAUAGAAACCGUAACUUGCCUCGUCCAAAACUUCCGUAUGAUGACUUACUACAAAUCGAUUAUAGCAAGGCACCUGAUUUCUUCGAUAAGGUCAAAAUUGAGAUGGAAGCUUUCGAGUUCGACCCAGAGAAAGAAGCCCAUAUCUACAGUAAAGCUCUCCAAGGCUACCUUGAGAAGGCACAAAAAUACCAUGAGCAAAAGAACGAAUUGCACUCUGAUCCAGACAUCAUGUUUGUCAAUAAGGCUGAAUAAAGUGUUUUGUAAAUGGAACUUGCACCUCCAA